CGUCAAUUCUUCUGUUCUCCCACUCUAUUCCGCUUUUCGGCCGAGUCAUGUUCCGCGGGGCGCGCGUUGUCACAGAGAAACCCAGUUUCCCGUUCGUGUACGAUCGUACGACACGGACGCGUCGAUCGUUCGAUCGUGCUCGAUCGCACGGACGCGUGUACGUGUGCGUGUGCGCGCACGCGCGCGUGCGUAUUCUCGCUCGCGACGUUUUAAAAAUUCCACGCGGGGUCGUCGAGCGGGGGGGGUGGAGGGGCAUUGUGUGCAAAAUAGAGAUAAGACCCGUUCGCGCGACCUCCCAGUCCGAACGAUUUGCCGCUCGGACGAGCUGCCGAAGGUGAGAGAGGGAGUUAUCGGGAAGGAUAGGGACGACGACGACAACGUGAGAGAGAUGCUCGGCGAGCUGUUGAAUGCGGAGCUGCGACACGCUGCUGGGAGGUUACUUUUGAGGCGCGCUCGCGAGAUUUCCGCCGGUCGCGUGAGCCAUGCCAGAGAGUCGCACUUCACGUACUUCCCAUGCGAGAAGAAGCCGCCUGUCGCCGGUGAGAUUCAAAAGAUGAAUAUGUAUCAAGCCAUAAAUAACGGACUUCAUAUCGCUUUGGAAAAUGAUCCACAUUCAGUGGUGUUUGGCGAGGACGUGGCAUUCGGUGGAGUCUUCCGUUGCACGACGGACUUGAAGAAACGUUUUGGUGGCCAUCGGGUCUUCAAUACUCCUCUUUGCGAGCAAGGAAUUGCCGGUUUUGGAAUCGGCUUAGCCAACGCAGGAAUAUCAGCGAUUGCCGAAAUACAAUUUGCCGAUUACAUAUUUCCCGCUUUUGAUCAGUUGGUAAACGAAGCGGCCAAGGUAAGGUAUCGAAGCGGCAAUAUGUUUGACUGCGGCAAACUUACGGUUCGCGCGCCUUGCGGAGCUGUCGGCCACGGCGGUCUUUACCACUCUCAAAGCCCGGAAGCCUACUUCGCGCACACUCCCGGCUUGAAGAUCGUCGUCCCUCGCGGAGCGAUGCACGCGAAGGGUCUCCUGUUGAGCUGCAUCGACGAGCCGGAUCCCUGCAUCAUAUUCGAGCCCAAAACCUUGUACCGCAUUGCGAUCGACGAGGUGCCCCUGGCACAUUAUAAAAUUGAAAUUGGCAAGGCUGAGAUUGUGAGAAGCGGUGACGCCGUGACGCUCGUCGGCUGGGGCACUCAGGUGCACGUACUGCUGGAGGUGGCCGACCUGGUCGAGAAGGAACUCGGCGCGUCCUGCGAGGUGAUAGACCUCGUCUCCAUUCUACCUUGGGACGCGGAACUCGUGUGCAAGUCGGUGAAGAAAACCGGACGCGCGAUCAUCGCCCACGAGGCACCGAUGACGAAUGGAUUCGGGGCGGAAAUCACCGCGACCGUGCAGGCGGAGUGCUUCCUCUACCUGGAGGCGCCGGUUCAAAGGGUCACGGGAUGGGACUGUCCCUUCCCGCACAUUUUCGAGCCGUUCUAUCUACCGGACAAGUGGCGUUGCUUCGCAGCUGUUCGAGAUACUCUCAAGUAUUGAAACCGCGGGCAAAGGGCGGCUGUUGCAGUGAAAUAGGGGGGGGGGUUGCGAAAAACUGCUUAUCCGCGAAACUGUUCGCUGAUUACGUUAAACAAAUUUUUACGUUUCUCACAAUUUUUUAUUAUCAAUUUUUUGUGAAUAAAAUUCUUUUUUUUUUUAUUGUCAAAAUAAAAAAGUUUAAACACGGUACAUUCUACACAUUUUAUGUAACAAAUAUCUUUACCCCUUUUCUCUUCCUUUAAGCCCUCUCCGAUGGAUUACGCAACACAAAAAGUAGGAAAACAAAGAUAAUAGUUGCUUGAAUUCGCUCGCGUAUGCGGUUUACGUAUUUACUUUACCGUUUACCAUGUAAACAAAUUACUGCUUGUAACGUAAUUCACACGUAAUCGUAAAACACGCGAGCUAUUAACCGAUAUGAACUAUUAAUUUGGUUUUGCUAGAAUCAUUCCGCUUAUCUGACAUAAAUAAAACAUACACGUAUAACAUUUAUCUUUUAUCGCCAGGAAAUAUGAAUCCGGAUGACCUGCCUAGCGUACAUAACCGCGCGUGAAGACCCGUGUCCCUGACCCAGUUCGUAGCAACCUACAUAAAUCCAUCCCUCUUGUCUAAAUUAAUAACAUGAAAGAUGAUACAAAUCGUCGCCGGCGGCAAUAACGCGCCGCUCGACGACGCAGACGUCAGGACGGAUCGUCUAGGUAUCCUUUUUUUUUUCUCACUAACGAAAUCUGGGUCAAGUCCUUCUUUAAUAAUAAAACUACGCACCGAUUGUCCCCCGCCGUGGCCAUGUAAUAUCUCAAUCAAGGUUUCAGUCUCAGGCGCUGUCCUUUCCAGUCUAAACCUUUAGAUCGCCAGGUUUUGCUUGUCAACAGGAUGUACAUACCUUUGAUCAAUUUGAAGGCGCAAAAAGAGACCGCAGAAGAGAAUUUUGAUUUAAAAAAAAAAAA